AAUUGAUUUGUUCAGUGUUGUUUGCAGAACAUUGAAAUUAUGAAAUUAUAAAAUAAUUCCUCUAUUUUAUAGUAUGAAAAUAUAAAGGGUAUCGUUUUAUUGCCAAAAACAUUUCAUUCACAAUGGGAGACGGCCAAAUUAGUCCAGAUGAGUGCGAGAUGCUUAAAGCCUUGUACGACUUCGAGGCGACGUUAACCAAGACCCUGAGCUUCUCUGAAGGUGAAUUCUUCUUCCUUCAGCAAAAUAAUGCCAAGCAAAGAAACUGGUGGCAUGUAGUCAAUAGGAAGGGUCAAGUUGGAUUUGUUCCUUCUAAUUAUGUUGCUUCAGUGAAGGUGGAUCCCGAGUACUUUUUGGCAUUCGUAAAUGACUGCAUUAAGUCUAUUGGUGAGAAUAGUUUGUCUGCUCAGAAGCAAGAAUUGGUGUCUAGAUUAAAUGAGAAAAAGAAGCAGCUACAGAUGUUUGUGAAACCACUGAGUAAGAAGGCACAGGCCCCCAAGCCUCCACCACGGCUGGACGACCACACUCCGCCUAAUGGAGUGUCACCGUCGUUUGAUUUGAGGCCUGUGGUGUCUCAGCAGCAAAUAAGUGAAGAGAGAGAGUGCCAAUCUCCUGUUAAAUCUGUGAGCAGUGCUAAAGAAAAUGCAGAAGUUCAGCACAAAAAUGUUCCUGCUAAACUUGCAACCAAACAAGUGUCUUCCGAUACUGACAAUCAGGAUGACAGCCAGGACAGUAGCGAGGGCAACAUCAAGCCCAACGCUAUCUAUGAGAUAGUGCAGGCAGUCCGUAAAGAGACUCAACUCAGCCAUGAAAUGUCCAAAGUUGCUGUGGAAACAGUACUUAUUUCCUUGAGAGAAUUCCUCCCCGGUGGUGCAGCCCGGUCGAUCAUAGAUGCGCUUCUCCGAGAAGCGAACAGCAACAUCACCUGCCCCAAGAACGCCAUAGAUGCUGCUCCUGAUGCUAUGCGAAUGAUGACGGCACUCAACUCACUCUCCAAAGCGGCCAAUGACGCUCAGCAGAGAGGCUGGGCCUUGCAUGAUGAUGCCCAUGACAUACAAACUCAGCUGCUUGAACUUAUUUCGGUUAUGUCAAACGCAGACAUGAACAUCUCGCAGCACGUGCUCAGCAGCCACCGCUACGCGUACGUGACGACGCUGGUGCAGUACUACCAGAUGGAGACAAGGUGGCCACUGCGCCAGCUUUUGUUACAGGCGUUUGGAGUAAUGUGCGGAUUGGAACGCACGGCCUUAGCGACUUUGGCUCUAUCAGCCCUGCCAGCCGAAAUAGCUCGAGAUAUGCGGGACAACCCUCGCGCUGUCAGUCGCCUGUCACAUUCGGCGCUUCUACUCUCUAUGGUCUUGUCUAUGGGAGACAAACUGCCGGUCACACACUUUGAACAACUCGGAGUGGAGUUCGCUCAAUUUUUGCUAGAGUUGAUCGAGAAUCCUCCAGAAACAGAUGAGAAUGAGCAAAUACCAGAUCUCUUCCUGACUCUACUCCUGGCCUACAACUUGCAAUUUGACCAGCCUUACGACAGCCUGCUUCUAAAUGCUUUGGAGACGGUCGAUAAUGCUAAGACCUUUUGUGAAAAGAUUCUUCUUCUGCUCAAUAGAGAAGAGGACCCAGUACACAUCUUCGAGCAUGAACCAGCGCCGCCCCACUCGGUCCUCAAACUGGUGAUCGACCUGUUCAGCCGUAAGAAAACCGCUGAGCACUUCUACACCAACGAUGUGAAGGUCGCCAUAGAUAUCAUAGUUAGGCAGCUGGCUGACCUGUCUGCUGGAGAUCCGCGCCGCCAACAGUACCUCAAGAUUCUCCAAGGUAUAAUCCGCAACACAGAUUACGAGGCGCAUCUGCAUCGUCGUCAAGACCUCCUCCGUUGCUUUGCUAGGAUCUUCUGCGAAGAACAUGAAGCCAGCCGGGAAGACCAGGCACUAGUCAGGGCCAUCUCCAACGAGUUCCCUCAAUACUUCAUGGCCUAAACAACAUCAAUAUGCCACGGAAUGGCAGAGGAUGUAGCUAGAAGAAAGGUAAGGGCAGCCCUACGGCUACCGGAUUAAAAGAACGCACCUAGUUAGGUGGUACGGUUCUAUGUAUGCGUGUUAUAUGUGGGUGUUGUUAUUGUGUGAAAUAUGUGUUGGAUGGACUAUGCAGAAGAAAAGCCUUGGUUACACUGGGGGAGAAAUGCAAUGACUUUUUUGCUCCCACCCACACUCUUACGAAUGAAUAGGUAUUUACUGAGUGAGCAACUUGCUCCGUAAUAGAUCUAUCUCAUCUUCAUUUAACAGUUAAGAAUGAUCUAACACAGACUCAGUUAAAAACAAUAAGCAAAAAUAUGGAUUGACUAAACAAGAAUGUCACACACUCUCUUAGAGCAGGACAAGACUAAUCCCGCCUCUCGUUCCCAUCGGUAUAAGUCCUAUAAUGGCGUUGUGUAUCAUAUUUGACCCCAGUGUGUCCGAGGCUUUAAAGUUGACUGUAUUAUGGCUGUUAACUUUUUGGAUGACGUCAUAUUGUUAUUCCUAAAGAGCCUUACUGAAGCAGUAACGUUCGCACAGUGUAAACAUUGUAGUUUUUAAUUUGUGUGGGUCAAUUUACGGAGUAUAAUUUUGAUGUUAUGUCUUGUAUUAAAGAAUGUUUUCUCAUACGCCUGAAUCAAUAUGUAUGUGAUGGUUUGAUACUAGUUUGAAAAAAAGAUGGUUACGAUCAUGACAAAAAACUUUACAAAUCUCUAUUUUCACUCAAUAAUAUUAUAUUAAUUCUCCAUUGACGAUCUCAAAUUCUACGUAUCUUUAAAUCGAUUAAAAUUAUAUGAAUUAAUAUAUCUAAAAUCUUUUAGAUUCGAAUUACAAAUGUUAUUAUGUCUAGUAGUAUUAAGUAAUCGCACAGUGUCUUAUUUGCGUGCAUAAUGGUCGAAAAUCGUAAUCUAUUUCGUAUAAAAUAUUAUUAAAAUUUAUUUAUAUUCACAGUUUCCAAUAUUUGCACAAAAUGGCAGCUUUAUAACUACUUAGUGCAUUCCCGGUGCAUUUGAUAUUAUUUUAUUACGUUCCUACAAUAUUAAUAUUGUGCCAUUCUUACCAAAGAGUACCUAAUUGCGUUCGUAGAAAUUGCCUGUUGCAGUUGUCGAUUCGAAUCCAACUGGGAGCAAAUGCUAGUGUAUUCACACCCAGUAUCAUGAACGUAUAUGUGUAUAUUACUAUGAUCUAUUUAAUUAUGUUUAUUCAUCAUCUAGUCCCUAUCGCAAAAUAUUUGGUGUGAUAGUCGAAGACCUUUAUUAUUAUAAUAAUACUCCAUAUCCAUGAACUUAGACAGUCAAUUACACAUGCUUUAAAGAAAUAUCCAUUUCGUACAUUUUUAUCUAAUUUUUAGUAUUAUGUCUAAGACUAUUCAUAUAAUUUGCAAAAAUUCGGCCUAACAAAAUUCUGCCAUUUUUUGGAUUAUUGCAUUUAAAAUUUACAUUGUCAAAACAGAGCCUAAACUUAAUUAUUAAUCUAUUAAUAUAAGUAAUUACUGCAUGAAUAUUCGCAUUUAUGAAUUACUUACAUAAACAGAUCCAUAUUUUUGCAAAAUUAGAUUAGCUUGAUUCGAUUUGAAUUCUCCUACAUUAAAAUAUUUACUGUGUAGUAUGUAACGGGAUACCGUUACAUUUGAAAACACAAAUCUUUCGUCAAUAUCGUACUAAUCUAUUUGUAAUUUUAAAAUCAGUCAUAGACAAAACACGAUCGACUUUUAGUAGUUAUUUGUCAAACUAACAUAACUGUGGCGCAUCGAGGCAUUUUCAUGUGAUUUGAAAAAAAAAGUAUAGAAUUAUUCACGGAAGAUUUCUGUUGUUUCUCCCCGUUAAUAGUUUAUUCCAGUGUUAAAAUUGUUUUACUGUCGACCAAUUCCUCAGGGUGUACGUAAUUUCGGAGCUAAUGAAUUAAAAAUACUUACUUCUUCGUCUUUCAAAUAUGUGCUAUUUACU